UUUUCAAGAUGAAGCAAGCACUACUGUUUACGUUAUUGCUUGCUUUUCUCAUACAAAUAAAUGGAUUGUCUAUAUUCACAGACAGCAGUGGCAACAGUUCAUCUUUACUGGACAUCAGUGAUUCGGAAUCCAAAACUACGGACGUCUUCCGACAGUUGCUGAACCAAGAAACAAUCAUCAGAAUGUCACUGGUGAAGAACGUACACGCCUUAAUGAAGGACAUGCUGGAUCUGAAGAAAAAUAUGGAGACAUUGGAAACAUCCCAGCAGGAAACAGACGUAGAAGUGACCGCCUUAAAACAGGAGGUUGAAAAACUGAAAAGAGAAAACCAAAGACUUGAGCUUGAAAACGGGCGAUAUGAAGAAACUUUCAGAGCUGUUACAGAAAAUUUCACCAAAGUCGACGAAUACAUUCAACAGGUUGUGGAACAACUGGAAGAGAAAAGAGAACGUUUCGAGACAAACACUAGCAAUGUACUUGCAGAUUUUAAAGUGGAAGUUCGGUACCUGUCAGUUACCCUUCUGGACUUAAAUAAACAUACUUUGGAAAUUGACAAAAAAUUUCCUGAAAUGAUGCAGGAAAAAUAUGAGCAAAUAUCUUUGAGAUUGAACACUUCUGUGGAGAACUUGAACAAUGAUAUAAUUGCAACAAAUAAAACAAUGCUUCAAUCACUGUCUAACCUCGAAAACUCACAAAAUAUCAUACAAAAUUCUAUAUCUGUGAACAUCAGUAAAACAUUAGAAGACAUUAUGUCGGAAGUGAAGCAAUCGAAGUAUGAACAACUGCAGCUGUCUUCUACCGUGUCCUCUCUCGAGGUGUUCCGAAUGAAUUUGACAAAUAACAUAUCAGAUAAAUCAAAGAAGGUAGGUUUCUCCGCCUCAGUGUCAUCCACCGACGGUUCUUGGAAUUCCGGGACACUUGUAUUUCCUUCCGUCAUCACUAACGAAGGUAAUGGAUACAACCCAAGUAACGGAAUAUUUACUGCUCAUGUCAGCGGAACGUACGUCUUCUUCGUGAAUGUUCAGAGCUACAGUACAAAUGAUAUAUAUGUAGACAUUGUGUUGAAUAGAUCUACAAAAGUCAGAGCUAUGGCCUAUAGUGCCGGUAAUGGUGAUUAUAAUGACGCUGGUCCUAAUCUGGUGGUGCUGACUAUUCAGAAGGGAGACGCAGUGUGGGUCAAACAUUACUCUGGACAAGGUUACUAUACCAGUGGUCCUAUUACUAUUUUCUCAUACACAUGUAAUUCAAUCUGAAAAUUUUCAAAAUGCAUGCUAUAGGCAUUGAUUAUGCAUGUUCCUUUACAAAUGAAUAAUUUAUGUGGCAGUUUCAUUAAAAAUGGAUCACUACAAUGAAGAAUACCGUAAAAUCAUAUACUAGUAUUUUCUUGGAGUCAAACUUUCAUUGUUAAAAUGGAAAAAUAUGACUGUAUGAAAAAUUAAUUUCCAGGAUGAAGAAUUGUUGAUGAGUUAUAUCUGUGAAUUACAUUUCUUGUAAGACAUAAAUUUGUGCGUCUCUUAAUGACUUUAAAAUCACAAAAUUUCCCCCCACCCUCCCAUGAAAAUUAGUUAUUUCAGAGUAUUCUUUAAAAAUAUUGAUAAUCUUCACGAUUCAUUUGACGUUUGAUUUUACAUUUAACUUUUAAAUUUGGAAAGUAAACUAUCGAAAUGAUAAAAGUAAGCUGAAAAGUAAAAAAAAAAGUUUUUAUUUUAAAUUUAUUUUAAGAUGUCUUCAGGAGGAAUUGCUUAAAAUCUGAUCAGUUCAGAUAUAAUGUUUUAAAAUAUUACAAACCUAAAGAACAGGAGUUUUAAUACUUUAUUUGAGACCAGUUGGUAUUUGUAUCACUUUUAAGACUAGCAUAAACAUUUUAAACAACUUUGUUGUUAUUACAAACAAUUUUGCUAUCGUAGAAUACUAGCAUAUUUUAAAACAUGCUUUAGAAAUUUGCUCUUUUUAUGUGUGUGUUGGAAUACUAGUACAUUGCAUUGUGCUGUUGUAUCGUAGUUAAAAAAUUCCUUUUCUUCUGCUUGUAAUUUCUUUUAAAAAGUAUAUAAUUAUUAAACCCAUCAAUUUCUAUUGUCUUAAUCUAAAAUGAUAUGCAUUGUAAAUCAAAACUGAAAAAC